UAGGAUGCUGAAAAAAAUAAACAAGUAAAAACGAAGAGCUCGAACUGGUAUAGUACGAUAGUAGUGGCUUUUGCAGAAUUGGUAAUAAAUACCCGUCAAUCUUCAAGGCCUCUCAUUUUUAAUUUUUUACCCACACGGUCGUCGGCAGUUGACGAUAAUGGAUGGCCUUUCACUCUCCGCCCCACACUUCCCGGCCGCCAUUCUCGCCGGCAAACACAACCCCACCGCUGCCACCACCACCACCACCGCACUUGUCUCCUUCUCCCUCAAACCGCCACCACCAUCAACUUCUUCUCAUAAUCCGGUGACUUCCUCCUCCCCUCUCUCGGCCCACAUCCGCCGCCCCAACAAAAUCCCUAAACCCGCCCAACCCUCCUCCUCCUCCAACAACCCCAAAAUCCCCUCUAACCCUCUCAAAAACCUCGUUAAUCCUACCCACAUACCCAUCCCACCUGCUCCUCCCCACUCCCUCACCACCAAGCUCCGGCUCACCAGUAAACUGUCUCCCCCUCCCCCUCCCCCUCCACCCACGCCGCCGCCACCGCCACCACCAGUAGAAACCGAAGAUGAAAUUAAAGAAAAUGAGAGUGAGCAUUCGGAUUCAGGCGGAAUUGAAUUCCGGGAAGAGGGUAAAAUAUUUGUGGGGAAUUUACCCAAUUGGAUAAAGAAGAACGAGGUUUCCGAGUUUUUUCGGCAAUUUGGGCCGAUAAAGAACGUCAUUUUAAUAAAGGGUCACGGUGAAACGGAGAGAAAUGCGGGUUUUGGGUUUGUGCUAUAUGGAGGUACUGAUACUAUGGCGGCCAAGUCGGCAAUGAAGGCCGUGGAGUUUGAUGGCGUGGAGUUCCAUGGGAGGGUGCUGACUGUGAAGUUGGACGAUGGGAGGAGAUUGAAGGAGAGGUCGGAUGAGAGGGCACGGUAUGUGGGGGGUUAUGACGGAGUGGAGUAUCGAUCCAAGUGGCACGAGGAGAGGGAGAGCUCAAGGAGGAGCUUCCGGCAGGUUCUUGAUACCGAACCGGAGAAUUGGCAGGCGGUUGUCCAGUCUUUCGAGAGAGUUAAGAAACCUUCUAGAAGAGAAUAUGGCUUGAUGGUGACAUAUUACGCAAGGCGAGGGGAUAUGCAUCGCGCACGUGAAACAUUUGAGAGAAUGCGAGCGAGAGGAAUAGAACCAACUGCGCAUGUCUACACCAGCCUUAUCCAUGCUUAUGCAGUUGGUAGAGACAUGGAAGAAGCAUUAUCUUGUGUCAGGAAAAUGAAGGAAGAGGGAAUUGAAAUGAGUUUGGUGACUUACAGUAUUAUUGUUGGGGGAUUUGCAAAAAUAGGCAAUGCCGAAGCUGCAGACCACUGGUUUAAGGAGGCCAAAGAGAAACACACAACUCUCAAUGCAAUCAUCUAUGGGAAUAUUAUUUACGCUCACUGUCAAACAUGCAAUAUGGAUCGAGCUGAGGCAUUGGUCUAUGAGAUGGAAGAAUCGGGCAUAGACGCUCCUAUUGAUAUAUAUCAUACCAUGAUGGAUGGUUACACAAUGAUUGGCAAUGAAAAUAAAUGCCUGAUUGUGUUUGACCGACUCAAGGAAUGUGGCUUUACACCUUCAGUUAUUAGUUACGGAUGUCUCAUCAAUCUUUAUACUAAGAAUGGCAAAGUUUCUAAAGCCUUGGAGGUUAGCAAAAUCAUGGAAUCAGCUGGCAUAAAACAUAAUAUGAAGACCUACUCCAUGUUGAUCAAUGGGUUCUUGAAGUUAAAAGAUUGGGCUAAUGCAUUUGCAAUUUUUGAAGAUCUGGUUAAGGACGGUCUGAGACCUGAUGUGGUGCUCUACAAUAACGUCAUCAGGGCAUUCUGUGGGAUGGGUAACAUGGAUCGUGCUAUCCGUACUGUCAAGGAGAUGCAGAAAGAGAGGCACAGGCCUACUACACGUACAUUUAUGCCCAUCAUACAUGGUUUUGCAAGAGCAGGAGAAAUGAGAAAAGCCCUAGAAAUUUUUGAUAUGAUGAGGUGGAGUGGAUGCAUUCCCACUGUGCAUACUUUCAAUGCCCUGAUUCUUGGCCUUGUUGAGAAGCGUCAGAUGGAUAAGGCUGUUAAAAUAUUAGAUGAGAUGACACUGGAAGGCAUUAGUCCAAAUGAACAUACAUACACGACCAUCAUGCAUGGUUAUGCAUCUGUGGGAGAUACUGGAAAAGCAUUCGAGUAUUUUUCUAAAUUGAGGAAUGAAGGUUUGGAACUUGACGUGUAUACAUAUGAGGCACUACUGAAGGCAUGUUGCAAGUCAGGCAGAAUGCAGAGUGCCUUAGCAGUAACAAAAGAAAUGAGUGCUCAAAAGAUUCCAAAAAACACCUUUGUGUACAACAUAUUAAUUGAUGGAUGGGCUCGAAGAGGUGAUGUUUGGGAGGCUGCAGACCUGAUGCAACAAAUGAAACGGGAAGGUGUUCAACCUGACAUCCAUACAUACACGUCCUUCAUAAAUGCUUGUUGCAAGGCUGGAGACAUGCUGAGAGCGAUGCAAUUAAUUGAAGAAAUGGAAGCCUUGGGGGUCAAGCCUAACGUGAAAACCUACACUACGUUAAUACAUGGGUGGGCACGUGCUUCACUUCCAGAGAAGGCUUUGAGAUGCUUUGAGCAGAUGAAACAAGCUGGAUUGAAGCCGGACAAAGCUGUGUACCAUUGCCUGAUGACAUCUCUGCUGUCGAGGGCAGCUGUUGCUGAAGCUUACAUUUAUUCCGGAGUUUUGUCUGUUUGCAGAGAGAUGAUAGAAUCCGGGUUGACUAUUGAUAUGGGGACUGCAGUUCACUGGUCAAAGUGCUUAUGCAAGAUUGAGAGAACAGGUGGGGAGCUUACAGAAGCCUUGCAGAAGACCUUCCCGCCUGAUUGGAGCUCACGGCAUUCUUCAGAUGUUAAUUCCAAUAUAGGCACGGAUGAUGAACCUGGUAUUAAUGGCGACAAUGAUGACAUGUAUUUUGCUAAUCAAAAUGAUGCUGAUAAUGAUCAUUAUGACAAGGACGAGGACGAGGACGACGAUUUGAACCACAGAUCAUGGUUUUAAACCAUAUUUUCUCAGUUAUAGGUGAUAGGCUUGAUUUAUGAUCCCAGAUGCAUCCUCCCAACUGAAGCUCUAAGGUCGAAUAUAGUUAGAUUUACUGAGAAAGCUUUUUUUUCAGAUCAAGGAUGCUCUACCCCUUAGUUUCAUAUUUUAUUUGUACAUAACGAUUGAUUUGUUUUGUCUGUGACUGAUUACAAUACAAAAUCAGAGGAAUUUCUUCACUUUAUUUGCUGCGGAGGAGAGUAUAAUGAUUACUCAGAAGAGUUCCUCAAAGACACUCUUAUGUACGAGUUAUCCCAGAGUAAAAUUGCUUCUAGCAUGCAAUUGGGCUCUCAAGAUAAUGGGGAUGUUUUAUCAUCAAGCUGUCAAGCAAUCAAGCAUCAUUUUGGGAGAUGGGUCUGAGCUGUAUAAAGAAUUCACCGUUUUGGAGUGAAAUUCGCUGUCUUUGUGUUUGUUUUCAUAAUAGCAACGGUUACCGAGAUCCCUCUACACAUUAUCUAUGUGGGGUUUACCAAAUGAAUGAGAGAUGUUCAGACUUCAAAUGACACUCGUCCUGAAGCAGUUUCAGCAAUUUGACUGUCCCAUUGUUAAAUAGACAAACAUGGUUUCUUUUAUCUAUCCAUUCUUUCAGCUCAAGCUCGGGUCGACACCAACAAGAAUUUCACAAAUCCUUUGAUCUCAGUCCAGUCCUUCGAUGUUUCCUUCAACCCUAAAUGGCUUAGGUAAGCCUACUAAUAUUCCAGUGGGAUUUCAGAACAUCUCUGACAAUGAGGUAAAACAUCUUUUUAUGAAUUCGUAACAUUUGAUGACCUUUUUGUUUCAAUGCCUAAUCUUUUACUUGUUCUUACUUCCUUUUCUUCUUAAUUUUGAAUUUUUAUAUGAUAUGAUAGUUUAUUUCUUCUCUUGAAGAGUGGAAGUGGAUGCAUUGGGAAGGAAACAAAAAAGAGAUGUUUUAUGGAAAUGAGAAGAUAUGAUGUUAGUAGAGAUGUGGAUUUGGAACUUAGAUUGUCACCACCGGGAGUGAGUUUCUGGGGCAAAUCAUCAAAAACUUCACCAUUAUCAUCUCAAGAAACAACCACAUCGUUGGACUUGAACUCAAGCGACAGCUUUAUUCUUGAAGUACCAUCAUUAUGUUUGAUGGGAUGUACCCUUUGCUUAAUCUAUGUGAUGGUGUCUGAAGCAGAUCCCAAAUGCCCAAAAUGCAAGAGAUCCUUUUUGAUUGAUAUGUUUCGAGAUAACCUAUCAAAGAGAUGUAGGAAGAGCUAUCUAUAGGUGUUCUUACUUUCUUAAAUACCGCUGUAAUUGUUUGCUUCAUCUGCAGUGGUUUUCUUGUUUUUUUUUUUCUUGGGUAAUUCUGUCUUGGAAGAUUACCCAAGAAAAAGAAUUGAAAAUUUUCAUUCUCUCGGAA